UGUACUAAAUAGCGCGUCAGUAACACGUGAACGCUGGGGCUGCGCUCUCGUGCGCACUAUUUACAUACACUAUGAAGGUAAACAGUAUGUUUUUUUGACGUGGGCUUUAAUAAGACCACCCUGCUGUACAAAAUGGCUGUGCAUCUGUUGGCAAACAAGUGAAACACGCUGUGACUGGAGGGGAGUGAGGUUCAUUAGUCCUGCUUCAGACCUCUGGAGGAAGUCAAACCUGUAACAGGCUCGAGGAUUAACGGCAUAAACAUGGACACCACAAGCUCUCUGAAGAUGACCGCUAUGGCCUCCCAGAGCAUCUUCAGCUAUGUGGAGGAGGAGAACCUACCUGCAGUGAAAGCUUACCUGGACAAACACCGAGAUGUGGACAGCAGGAGUGAUAACGGACAGACUCCUCUCAUGUUGGCAGCUGAACAGGGCAGCAUUGAGAUUGUGCAGGAGCUCAUAAGAAGAGGAGCCAACGUUAACCUGGAUGACGUGGAUUGCUGGACUGCACUGAUUUCUGCCUCCAAGGAGGGCCAAGUUGAGGUGGUGAAGGAGCUUUUGGCCAACAAUGCAAAUCUGGAGCACAGAGACAUGGGUGGCUGGACCGCUCUUAUGUGGGGAGCGUAUAAGGGUCGUGUUGAAGUGGCUCGUCUUCUGCUGGAGAAAGGAGCGAGCCCCAACAUCACUGGACAGUACGGCGUGUACCCCAUCAUUUGGGCAGCAGGUCGAGGCCAUGCCGAAAUCGUUCGUCUAUUACUGCAACACGGUGCUAAAGUCAACUGCUCCGACAAGUAUGGCACCACGGCAUUGAUCUGGGCAGCGAGGAAAGGUCAUUACGACUGUGUGAUGCACCUGCUGGAGAACGGCGCAAACGUGGACCAGGAAGGAGCGAACUCCAUGACGGCUCUGAUCGUGGCAGUGCGUGGUGGAUACACAGAGGUGGUGAAAGAGCUGCUGAAGAGAAACCCCAAUGUUAACAUGACCGAUAAAGACGGAAACACGGCGCUGAUGAUCGCUGCCAUGGAGGGUCACACUGAGAUAGUGCAGGACCUGUUGGAUGCAGACACCUACGUCAAUAUUCCUGACAGGAGUGGAGACACGGUUCUAAUCGCAGCAGUGAGAGGAGGCCAUGUGGAGAUUGUCCGAGCUUUGCUGAAUAAAUAUGCUGACAUUGAUGUUAAGGGCCAGGACAGCAAGUCAGCCCUCUACUGGUCAGUAGAAAAAGGCAACGCCACCAUGGUGCGAGAUAUCCUGCAGUGUAACCCUGACACAGAGGCCUACACCAAGGAAGGUGAGACUCCACUUAUUAAAGCUACCAAAAUGAGAAACAUUGAGAUUGUUGAGCUUCUUCUGGACAAGGGAGCAAAGGUGUCUGCUGUGGACAAGAAAGGAGACACAUCGCUGCAUAUCGCUAUCAGGGGUCGGAGCAGAAAGCUGGCUGAGCUGCUCUUGAGAAACCCUAAAGAUGGCCGCCUUCUCUACAAGCCCAACAAGCAGGGCGAGACACCCUACAACAUCGACUGCACGCACCAGAAGAGCAUCCUCACCCAGAUCUUUGGUGCCAAGCACUUGUCCCCUACGGAGUGUGACGGCGACAUGCUGGGUUAUGACCUGUACAGCAGCGCCCUGGCUGACAUCCUUAGUGAGCCCACCAUGCAGCCGCCCAUCUGCGUGGGUCUGUAUGCUCAGUGGGGCAGCGGCAAAUCCUUCCUGCUAAAGAAGCUGGAGGAUGAAAUGAAGACAUUUGCAGGCCAGCAGGUGGAGCCAUUGUUUCAGUUCUCAUGGCUGGUGGUGGUUCUGACUCUACUGCUGUGUGGCUCAGUAGCUGUGAUCCUCGGCUUCACUGUCGAUCCCAGGCUGGCCAUCGCUGUGGCCCUCAGCCUGCUUGCCUUGCUCUACAUAUUCUUUGUGCUUGUGUAUUUUGGCGGACGCCGAGAGGGCGAGAGUUGGAGCUGGGCGUGGCUUAUUAGCACCAGGCUGGCACGUCACAUCGGCUACCUUGAGCUGCUGCUUAAACUGAUGUUUGUCAACCCACCAGAGCUUCCUGAGCAGACAACCAAGGCCUUGCCCGUCAGAUUUCUGUUUACAGACUAUAACCGCCUGUCGAGUGUGGGUGGGGAGACCUCCAUGGCUGAGAUGAUUGCCACGCUGUCAGAUGCUUGCGAAAGAGAAUUUGGUUUUUUGGCCACUAGACUCUUCAGAGUCUUUAAAAACGAUGAGACACAAGGAAAGAAGUGGAAGAAGACAUGCUGCGUGCCCUCUUUUGUUCUGUUUGCACUGACUCUGGCAUGCCUGGUGACCGGUAUGGCCCUCUUGGCUAUAUUUAAAGUGGAUUCAGCUAAUGUGACUGUAAAAGCGGUGCUCGUGGCUGUGGCCAGCGUGGUGGGACUCGCUCUGCUGCUCAACUGCAGGACCUGGUGGCAGGUCGCUGACUCUGUGCUGCGCUCACAGAGGAGAAGGCUUCACAACGCCGCCAACAGCAUGCACAAGCUGAAGAGCGAGGGAUUCAUGAAGGUGCUCAAAUGCGAAGUGGAGCUUAUGGCUAAAAUGGCGAAGACCAUCGAUGGCUUUACUCAGAAUCAGACUCGCCUAGUCGUCAUCAUCGAUGGCCUGGAUUCCUGUGAACAAGAUAAAGUGCUGCAGAUGCUGGAUACGGUGAGGAUUCUCUUCUCCAAGGGCCCCUUCAUCUCCAUAUUUGCCAGUGACCCUCACAUCAUCAUUAAAGCCAUUAACCAGAACCUGAACAGCGUGUUGCGUGAUUCCAACAUCAACGGCCACGACUACAUGCGCAACAUAGUGCACCUGCCCGUCUUCCUAAACAGCCGUGGUCUCACCACGGCCAAGAAGCUCUCCAUGGCUGCGCCAAACAAUGGAGACCUGCUUGCUGCUGAGGCAUGGCAUGAGGAUGCAGACAGAAAGUUUCAGUCGCAGAAUAGUCUUGGCGAGCAGCCCAAGCAGGGCAGUAAAUCCACUCUAAACAGGAGGGAUACAUACCGGAGGCGUCAGAUGCAGCGUACAGUCACACGUCAGAUGUCUUUUGACCUGACCAAGCUGCUAGUUACCGAAGACUGGUUUAGUGACAUCAGCCCUCAGACCAUGAGGAGACUCCUGAACAUCGUAUCAGUCACAGGGCGCCUUCUCCGAGCCAAUCAGAUCAUCUUCAACUGGGACCGGCUGGCAUCAUGGAUCAACCUAACGGAGGAGUGGCCAUACCGGACGUCCUGGCUCAUCCUCUUCCUGGAGGAGCACGAGGUCGUCUCAGACCAGGUCACGCUCAAGACUAUCUACGAGAGGAUUUCCAAAAACAUCCCCACCACCAAAGAUGUGGAACCCCUCCUGGAAAUAGACGGAGACAUCCGCAGCUUUGAAGUAUUCCUGUCCUCCCGAACCCCCGUGCUCACGGUUCAUGAUGUGGAGAUGUUUCUACCUUGCACUGUCAAUCUGGACCCCAAACUUCGAGAGAUAAUUGCAGAUGUGCGUGAUGCCCGAGAGCAGAUGCACCUGGGAGGAGUGAACUAUCCCACAAUGCCCCUGCAGGAGGCACCGGCAAGGCCGCCCUCAGUGUUUGGCCAGGGUCCUACAGCCUGCUCGCCCCCCAGUUCCUUUCCUGCACAAACUCACAGCAGCUACUUCAGUGGUCUCACUGGCCCACAACAUCCCUUCUAUAACCGGCCAUAUUUCCCUCCUCAUGUCUAUCACGUGCCCCGUCAUUAUCCCGGCAACCCCCUCCAUGCCCCCUCCCGACCUUCCUCCAAACGGGCCUUCCUUAAGGACCACAACUCUGGACUAGGUGUUAUCCGAGAAGAUGCCUUCGAAGGUUCCCCCUUCCUCACCUACCCCUUUAUGACAAAGUUUCAGCCUCCCAGAGUGAAGCAGGACUCUGAUUCUACACUACCCCCUGGGCUUCUUAGCUCUCUUAGCACAGACGGUGUAUGUGAAAGACUGCGACAAAUCGAAGGCCUGGACCUUAACAUGAUGGAGCAGUACAUCAUUACAAUCAAAAAGGCAAAUGUGAACGGUCGUGUCCUGUGCCAGUGUCACUUGGAGGAGCUGAAGAAGGAGAUGAACAUGAAUUUUGGGGACUGGCAUCUCUUCAAAGCAAUGGUGCUAGAGCAGCGGCAGGUGGAGAGCCAGCUGCUACAGGAGGAGUGUGCAAGUGUUCGUGAACAGGGCAGCAGUGCAAUGGUUCAGCCUGAACCUUCUCCUGUCUGUACUGCAGCAGCCCCCCACAGCGGUCUACAGUACAGCCUAAACCUCAGCUUCGAGGAGCUCAGCACUGCCGGACUGGAGGAGCCCGUCAGACCCCCCAGCAACCACUGGAUGGUCGUGACUCACAGGACUUCCAGCAUGUCCAGUCUGAAUUCUCAGGAGUCAUCCAAUGACAUUAGUAAAUUGACUGACAGGCAGCAAGCAGAGUACCAUAAUGCCUACCAGGAUUACAUCUCUCACAUGUCCCAGCUAGAGGUAAGUGGAUCUGGGGCUGAGAGAAUAGAAGACAAGGCCAAGGAAUGCGAGCAGGAAGGCCGCAAAACCUUCAAGAGAAACUCUAAUGCAGGAGAGAAUGUGAUGGAUUACUCCACUACCCAGGACUGUGGUCUUCUCCAUCCGAUCACAGAGGAGGAGGAUGAGAAACCAGAACGUAAACCCUCCGUGAGCCGCACCAAAGGUCCAGGACCACGCUACCACAGCGUACCCAAUGAAGAGGAUGAGGAGGAGUGUGUGCCUGAGGAGACUGAUGUCACACCCCUUCUCUGGGAAGAGCAGCAAAACGGGGUGCAGGAAAAGAGCUUUGUUUCUGCCGGGAUAGACAAAAAAGAGUCAUCUGACUCAGGCAUGAGGUCGAGCGGCAGCUCCUCUAAUCAUUCGCUACAGGACGAGGAGAGUGAGGAGGCUCAGGAAGAGGAUGAGAAGUCAAAAGAGGAAGACCUUGUGACUACAAUACGCAUGUCCAUCUGCUCAGAAGCGAUGUCUGAUGCCAGCAGCCCUGAGGAGAACUGGGCCACCUCACACACACACACGCAGGCCGUCACAAACCUGAACCAGGCAGCCAGCAGCAACUCACCCAUCAGCAACAACAAUAACGGAGAUGAGCGCAGCCUCAUAAUUUCUCCAGGAUCGAGCACUGGCACUAGAGCUCUGCUUAACCACAAUCUCCUCACAGUGCGAAUGAAGAGCACGAACACCACACAGGACGAGGGCAAUGAAGAACGAGAGAGUGUGCUAUAAAGAGCACAAUGUUUAUUUUUAAAUGAACUGAAUUCAAAGAGAGUUCAAGGAGAUGGUACAAAGAGAGUUUUGUCCUGCUUCUCGUUUAUGAUUAAUGUGCAAUUAUGCAGAGUGGACGUGUUGAGUAGCUAAAUGUACGUAUUUAAUUUAAGAUUUUCAUGUAAUAACAACCAUGUGGUCAAUAGGGUGCUAUGAAACAAUGCAAUCAUAAAAUCAUUUAGGUCUGUAACUCUCGUAGGCUGUAUUACAACUAGGACCGUGUUCUGCUAUGUGUGAAAUUGUGUCGAAUUUACAUUAGAUCAGUGACCAAAAAAGUAGAGGUGGGUUAUUAGUUAACUGUUACAAUAGUAAAGAGGAAAAUGCGUGUGUUGUAUGUAAGACAACUUCAAAAAUGUAGCAUUUAUGUAGAUGCUUUGUGUAUUAUUUAUGAAUCAGUUGUGAAGCUGUUACUGCAUGUUAGUGUAAGCUUAAAGGAUUCUAUGAAAAUCUUGUGUGCUGUUUGAAGUGUGAUGAGUAGUUCCUCAAAAUGUAUGACCGUCUUUCAGGAAGUAAUAAACAAUGCAUUUCAAA